AUUAUAUAUAUCUCUGUGUAUUUCUAUAAUAUAUAUGUGAGUAUCGGUCGCGUUUUCAUUCCCAGAAAGUCUUCCAUUAGUCUUCUGGCUGGCCGGCUAGAUUCUUCAAUUCGGAAAAAAAUUAAACAAUGAUGUCCGACUCAGAUUUUCUCCAAGCAAACAUUAAUCCUCCAUCAAAAGAUCACCCCACCUUCAAUCAUGAUUCUUUUGAUAAUCUUCCUAGUAUAAUUGAAGAUUAUCAUCGUCAUUAUUAUCCAAUUUCCGAGGUUUCGAGCUAUAUUUCGUACGUUAAUCACUUCCUCAACGACGAAUCUCCGGCGCCGCCGCCUAAUAGUACCGGUCACCGCGGCUUUGGGUCGUCGUCUCUUUCGCCGCCGUCUGCCGCCGUAGUUACGCAGGAAAGGAGUUGCACCACCACGACUACCGGAAGCUCGUGCAGUUCCUUUGAUGGAAUGCCGCCGACGAGCAGCCCGAGCUCGCAAAUGAUAGGGUGUAGCAGUAAUGAGAUGAGAAGGAAGUCAAAGGAGGAACAGACGAUUGUUUUCCGAACAAAGACAGAGCUUCCGGUGUUGGAUGAUGGGUAUAAAUGGAGGAAGUAUGGGAAGAAGAUGGUCAAGAGUAACACCAAUCCCAGGCAUUACUAUAAGUGCGUCAACGAGGGGUGCAACGUUAAGAAGAAGAUAGAAAGGGAUCCAGAAGACUUAGAUUAUUUGAUAACAACGUAUGAAGGCAUUCAUAACCACGAAAGCCCUUUUGUUUGUCUGCUACCGGAAGAUGUCGCCUCCUUGUGCCAUCCAAGCAGCUUCACAUUGCACUUUUGAAGAAACAAGCAAAGGCAUAUAUGCUUGUCGCAUAUACCAACAAUAUAAUAAUAUUGAUGUCUCUCGAUCGAGCUUGUUGCUUAGGAUUUAUCCCUCUUGUUUGGUUCACGAACUAUUAUACAAGAGUGUGAUUUUUCUGGUGCA